UCAACCUUUCGCCCCCCUGUGCUGUCACCGAGAAUGGCAGACAGCUCUUCGGAUCACUUCCCAGAAGAUGCCGAGCAACAUGGUGAAUCCAUGGAGGAGCAACGUGAGGUCAAUUAUCGGGGCGAAUCCGAAGCCCGCCCAGAGGACGUAGAGGGAGAGGAGGGUGGUGACGAUGAAGAAGGAAAUGGGGAUGAAGAUGAAGAUGAUGGCGAUGGCGAUGAGGACGAGGACGACGAGGACGACGAGGACGAGGACGAGGAGGAAGAAGGCCCAAGCCGGAAGCGACGAAAGGUCAGUCACCCAAGGGGUGUCGUCAUAUCGGAUGACGCUGGUAUUGAGGUUUCCUUUUCCAUGCAGAAAUCCAAGCGACCUGCGAAUCGCUACAUUGACUGGGAGGCCGAAGUGGAUAAUGAUGAAGAGGAUUUCGAUGACGACGAGGAUGAAACCCUUAAGGAGACGCAGGGCUUCAUUGAACCAGACGAUCCAUCUCUUGAAACUCCGGAUGGGCGACGUCAAAUUCUUGCCGACCAUCAGCGUUUGGACCGUCAGCAUGAAGCAAUUCUCGAGGAGGACGCCGAGGCAAUGGCACGUCGACUGAAAGAGCGAUAUGCGCGUCCGGUUUCACGUUAUGUCGGAGACAGCGAUCAAGUGCCUCAAAGACUAUUAAUGCCAAUUCGUGUCAAACCUGGGCGUGAAAAAGACAUUGUCAUUAGUCUUAUGAGGAAGUUCUUGGACAAAGAAUACUCUGGUGGCCAAUCCCUUAGUAUUCUCUCUGCUUUCUAUCGUGAUUCACUUCCUGGCAUGAUCUAUGUUGAAGCAAGAAACGAGAAGCAGGUUAACCAAGCAGUCUCUGGGCUAGUGGGUGUAUACCCCAGCCGCGGUUAUACUUUGGUUCCUAUCGAUGAGAUGGCGAGUCUGCUCAAGAUUAAAAAGCAGAUGACGACCAUCAAUCCAGGCAGCUGGGUUCGCAUAAAAAGAGGGAAAUAUGCUGGAGAUUUGGCCCGUGUCAUUGAUGUCACGGAUAAUGGCGAGGAGGCUGGCCUCAUGUUUAUUCCUCGAAUUGAUCUCACGCCGAAAGAGAACGAAUCCAUUAAGCGAAAAAGGGGACCAACCGCUGCACAAAACUCUGCCAUCGCACGGCCUCCCCAGCGCCUCUUCAAUUUGGAAGAAGUCAUAAAAGUGUAUGGAAAGCACUCUAUAGUGUUUCAUGGAGACACUUAUCGUAAUGGCUUCUUGGAGAAGGACAUCAAGUUACAUGGCAUUGUAACCGAGAAUGUCAAUCCGACCUUAGAUGAGGUUGCUGCUUUCCAGGCGGCAGAGAACUUGGAACGAUCAUAUGAUUCUCGGCUUGCAGCCCUUCCACCUGUCGACCUCUCUGUUAUAGCAAAUGCAGCGAGGAGGGCAGCCACGGCAGUCUUGCAGCCUGGAGACCAUGUCGAGGUCUUUGAGGGUGAGCAAACCGGUGUCGACGGUAUCGUGGAGAAUAUUCGAGACGACGUUGUGAUUCUGCGACCCAAAGUCCUCGACAUGGAAGACCAGAAGAUUGAAGUGCCUGCUGCCAGCGUCCGCAAGCGCUUCAAGCCUGGGACCAUCGCGGACGAGACGGGCCUCGUGGUUGCUGUCAAUGGGGAUGUCGUUUCGAUAUUAUCUGACGUUUCGCAUCAAGAGGUCAAUGUAUUUUCCAAGGACAUUCGAGAGGCUGCAGAGGUUGGGAGCGGUACAAAUACUGUUGGGGCCUACGAGCUCCAUGAUCUAGUUCAGCUCGAUCAGCAAACGGUAGGGGUGAUUUUCAAAACAGAACGAGUGUCAUUCCGUGUUUUGGAUCAGCAUGGCGCCGUCCGCCACGUGCAGCCCCACCAGAUUACCAUGCGUCGAGAUUCGUCGAGGGCUGUAGCAACGGAUGCUGAAGGACAUCCUAUCCGCAUGGGGGACGCCCUCAAAGAAACUGACGGCGAACACCGGAGAGGGACUGUUCUGCAUAUUCAUCAAUCACAAUUUGUGUUUUUAUUCAAUCGUGAAGUUCCAGAGCAUAGUGGUGUCUUCGUGGCACGCAGCCGUGCAGUAGCAUCCGUUGCACCUAAAGGAGCAUCGAACGGUCGACCCGUGAUGGAUUUAUCUACUAUGAACCCCGCUGUGGGAGGAGGUGCUCCGGGGGGUAUGGUUGGUUCGGGUGCAAUGGGGCGCGGUCCCAGAGACCGACUCAUUGGUACUCAAAUUACUGUUGUAAAAGGAGAGUACAAGGGAUACAUGGGCACAAUCAAGGACACAAACGGCAACAUGGCACGCGUCGAACUUCUUACUAAUAACCGCAUUAUAUCUAUUGACAAGGCAAAGUUACGUCGCAAAAAUCCUAACACCGGGGCUUUCGAAGAACUUGAUCAAUCUUACAAGGACCACACCCCAUUCCGAAUGCCUCCGCCGGAUAAGUUCGGAAACCGGAAUUCUUGGGUCGGGGGUUCCUCCCGGACGGAAGUCACACCAAAUCCAUAUCUGUCCUCAAAUGGAGGUCGUACACCUGGACAUGGGGUCACUGGGAGAACGCCGAAUCCAUACGCCAGUGGAGGACGGACACCUGGAUGGAACCAGGGCGUUACGCCGAACCCGUAUACGUCAGGGAGUCGCACGCCAGCUUGGACUUCUGCAACGCCGAAUCCCUACACUUCCACCUCAGGUGGGCGCACACCUAGCUGGAACAAUGCUACUACACCGAAUCCCUAUCUUGCUGGCAACAAAACACCUAGCCACAGCUCAUCGACUCCUGCAGAAGCAUGGGGUGCCUCGUCCCCUUCAUGGGAAGGGAACAACAAUACUUCCGACACAAAUUGGGGCAACUCUUCGCCUGACUACAUCGAGACCACGCCUGGUUCAUUCCCUGCUCCAACUCCCUUCUAUGCAGUGCAAACACCUUAUAACGCAGCAACUCCAUACAGCGCUCCCACUCCAGGCACUGCAUUAUAUGGGGAUGGCCCAACCCCUGCAUCUCAUACUCCAGGGGGAUUGGGGGCUUACGCAACAACCCCUGCUGCGGCUGCUACGCCAUUCACAGGUGGAGCCUUGUCAUCGUCCUCCCAGAACGGUUUGCCAGAAGAUUGGCUAAUUAAGGCUGGGCCAUUAUUGACACCCAAUGGUAUCAAGCUUCUGGUUAACAUCGAUUCGAAACUCGCUUGGCAAGAUGGGGAGUAUGAUGGCAUGGAUGUUGCUGUCCUGUCUGUGACAGACCCAGGACCAUGGUCGCAAAUCGACCCCUCCGCCCGGAUCAACAUUAAUCAUCGAGAAGCUGUCCUGCCGACACAAUAUCUCGCUCCUCGACACCCAGACGCCGCCAAUCAGUACGCACUCGCUUUACAUGGCACAUUCAUGAACAAAGCCAUCAAAAUCAUCCAUGUCGAUGAAGAUCUGUGUAUGACGAGUCUGGCCCGGGAUGCAUUGUUUGGGAAGACUGAAGGAUAUAAUGCAAAGGAGUUGAUUUUAUGUGAAAUGUACUAAGUUUCUGUAAUAUAGUGACUACUACAGGUGCUGGGGCGCUCCCUCAGAUCACUUGCAGGAAAGGGGAUGCGGACACAAAGCACACGGACAAAUUAAAAGGCGAAAAUGGCUUGUUUUGGACCUUUCCUUUGCCAUUUCCGGUCCAUUUCCUUGGGCCUUAGCCUCUUGGUCCAAUUCCACGAACUCGCGUAUAUAAGGUAAUUCGAUAGUCC